AUGGCUCCUCCUAACGCUGAAAUCCCUCAUAACAACAACACUACCUCUUCUUCCUCUGUCCCUGCUCCUUUAUUCAAGGUUAACUCUCCCAACGUCCGAUAUACAGAUGAGUAUAUCUUGAGUAAAUACACUUACCAAAACACCUUAGUUACUAAACAACCUGAUGGUACCUAUAUUGCUGAACCCACUGAAUCUAUCUAUGAAUUCAAAACUGAACGUCUUGUUCCUCGCGUUGGUUUGAUGAUGGUAGGUUGGGGUGGUAAUAAUGGUUCUACCUUAACUGCAUCUAUCUUGGCACAUAAACGCAAAAUUCAAUGGCGCACCAAGAAUGGCGUUCAAAAGCCAAAUUAUUUUGGCUCUGUUACUCAAUCAUCCACAGUUUGUUUGGGUAUUGACUCCGAGACAGGCCAAGAUGUUUAUGUUCCUAUCAGUCAAAUGUUACCACUUAUGAAUCCUACAGACCUUGUAUUAGGUGGUUGGGAUAUCUCGGGUAAUAAUCUUGCUGAGGCUAUGGAACGUGCUAAAGUUCUUCCCUAUGACCUUCAACGUCAAGUUCAGGAUGAAAUGUGUCAAAUGAAGCCCUUACCUUCUAUUUAUUAUCCUGAUUUUAUUGCUGCUAAUCAAGAAGACCGCGCCGAUAAUCUCAUCCCGGGCUCUAACAAACGUGCUCAUACAGAUCAAAUUCGUAAAGAUAUUCGUGACUUUAAAGAACACCAUAAGCUUGACAAGGUGAUCGUGAUCUGGACAGCUAAUACAGAACGUUUUGCCUCUAUCCUUGAAGGUGUCAAUGACACCGCUGAUCAUUUCUUAGCCGCUGUGGAUCAAUCUCAUGAAGAAAUUGCUCCUUCAUCCAUCUUUGCCUUGGCCUGUAUUGAAGAAGGUGUACCCUUCAUUAAUGGUUCGCCUCAAAAUACAUUUGUGCCCGGUUUGAUUCAAUUAGCUGAACGUCAUCGUGCCUUUAUCGGUGGAGAUGACUUCAAGUCCGGACAGACCAAGAUGAAAUCCGCUCUUGUUGAUUUCCUUGUCAAUGCUGGUAUCAAACCCGUUGCUAUCACUUCCUAUAACCAUCUCGGUAACAACGAUGGCAAGAACUUGUCCUCUCAACGUCAAUUUAGAUCCAAGGAGAUUUCCAAAUCAACUGUGGUAGAUGAUAUGGUCGCUGCUAAUCAUUUACUUUAUGCGAAGAAUGAGCACCCUGAUCAUACGGUUGUCAUCAAAUAUGUCCCCUCCGUUGGUGAUAGCAAACGUGCCCUUGAUGAAUAUGAAUGUGAUAUCUUUAUGGGCGGUCGUCAAUCUAUUUCACUUUACAACAUCUGUGAGGAUUCCCUGUUAGCCUCCCCCUUAAUCAUUGACUUGGUUGUGAUGACUGAAUUGAUGACUCGUUUGCAAUACAAGACCGCUGGUAUGGACAACUUUAGUGGUUUCCAUAGUGUACUCUCUAUUUUAAGUUAUAUGUUGAAGGCACCCAUGGUUUCCCCUGGUAGUCCUGUAGUCAACGCUCUUAGUAGACAACGUAGUGCUAUUGAAAAUAUCUUUAGAGCUGCUGUUGGUCUCUCUGCAAAUAAUGAAAUGGGUUUGGAACACAAGAUUUGGUAA